UUCUCAUUAUUUAUAUCGAUCCAAAUGCAGAUAGAGAGAGAGGUCGAUCGUACGAGAUGGAUCGGAGAGAAACAAAGAUGAGGCACUUCAUCCUAGUCCAUGGAAUGUGCCAUGGAGCAUGGUGCUGGUACAAGGUAGCUAGCAUGCUAAACUCCGCGGGGCACCGCGUCACCGCGGUCGACCUCGCGGGCAGCGGAGUGGACCCGAGGAGAAUCGAGGAGCUGCGGUCGUUCGCGGAGUAUUCGCAGCCCUUGAUGGACGCGAUGGCGGCGGCGGUCGACGGUCGCGAGAGGGCGAUCGUCGUCGGCCACAGCCUCGGCGGCCUGAGCAUUGCACUUGCCAUGCAGAAGUUCCCCCAGAAUGUGGCUGCUGCUGUGUUUGUUGCUGCUGUGAUGCCCAGCAGUUCCAACCCUAUGUCCUGCAUCGCAAAGGAGUUUGGAAAGAAGGGAUGGGAAAAGUACUACAUGGACUCGAAGUUUUCAAUAUCUCACAACCACAAUCAAAUUCCUGUGAGCUCAAUUGCAUUUGGCCCCCAUUUCAUGUCUGAUAAGUUGUAUCAGCACAGCCCACCAGAGGACUUUGUUUUGGCCACAAUGCUAGUGAGGCCUGGUCGGCUGUUUAUCGAGGAUGCGAUGAUCGACGAGAUAGCCGCGGAGAAGAGUACUUAUGAGCUGGUAAGCCGAGUUUACGUCAUGUGUAAGGACGACAAAUCGAUGACCGAGGAGUUCCAGCGAUGGAUGAUCGAACGAAGCCCAGGGGCCGAAGUACAGGAGAUCGAAGGCGCCGAUCAUAUGGUCAUGUUAUCAAAACCUAAAGAGCUAUUUGAUCUCCUUAUGGAGAUCGCUAGCAAGUAUUAUUGAAGUUUUCAAGGUUUGUUAGUUAGUUUUUACACCAUUUGAAAAUUUUAAAAUUAUUAUAAAUUUUUAUGAGAAGUUAGAAAUAUCAUGUGUAUGUAUAGAAGGGUAUUUAUUGCGUUUUAUACUUUUGAAGGGCAUAUACCAAAGAAUAGAUCUUUUGAGUAAAACAUAUGAAGUUUUUUGCAAGUUUAAA